AUGGAUCGACGCGUGCCAACCGCAAGGUCGAAACAAGGUACCGUCGUUGAGCAAAAGCAAAGAUUUCUCCAGACAAGAAAACAUAUCCUGUCGCGUGGAAUACCGCCGUCAGAACGUCUGCGUACACUUGCGAAUGAUGGUGGAAUUGAGCUCAGUGUUAUGAAGGGAGUGUUGGAUAAAGUUAAUCGUGACCUCAAACAGCACUCGCGAAAAGUCUACAGCCGUCAAAUGAUCGAGCACGUCGUCGAGCAGAUAGACAUACUAUACUGGGAAUCUGGCGCGCAACACGUCGACGACGAUGAAGAAAUAAACCCUCCGUCCGAUACCCACGAAGAUGAUGCGCACACAUUAUACCAGAACAACGACCUAACACUCGACGAGAACAUUGCGAAGCUACCUACGACAUGGCCCGACCGCGACACCGAAAUCACACAAGACGAAUACCUUUCCUCCGUCUCCCGCCUCCAAGAGCUCUCUGCCCGCCGUCAAACGCUCCAAAACAGUCUUGACACAUAUCGCACGCUACUAUCGCUACUAGAACCUUAUCGCAACCCCAAGGAGAAUAUACAACCGAAUCUGGUGUGGAAAGAUGCGCCGCUUGCGCCGGAGCUGGCAAAGACACGCACAUUGGCGAUACGCGUUGCCGCACGUGUGGAAGAGAAGUUUGGGAAUGUCCAGGUACCUUCUACCGCGGAGGAUGACGAGGAUGUGGACAUGGAGGCACUGGAGAACGAAGGAAGGCGGAAGGUGGAUAAGGUGUUGGAGAGCUGGUAUUAUUGA